ACGAGUGCCUAUUUAAAGAAAGGGGGACUCUGUGCCAUCCAGUACCCGCUUGGCCCUCUCACUCCAGGGACGAUGGGGAAAGGGACCGGGCGAGAGUCGGCACCCCCAGGGCCCACUGCCGAAAAUGGCGGCGGGAAGAAGAAGCAGAAGGAGAAAGAACUGGAUGAACUGAAGGCCGCAGUCGUCAUUGUCACCGGCUGCUUCUCCUACUAUCAGGAGGCCAAGAGCUCCAAAAUUAUGGACUCCUUCAAAAAUAUGGUGCCUCAGCAAGCCCUGGUGAUCCGGGAAGGAGAGAAGAUCCAGAUCAACGCGGAAAACGUGGUGGUGGGGGAUCUGGUGGAGGUGCGAGGCGGGGACCGGAUUCCUGCGGACCUGCGGGUGAUUUCCUCUCACGGGUGCAAGGUGGACAACUCCUCCCUGACAGGCGAGUCGGAGCCUCAGACCCGGUCCCCGGAGUUCACGCACGAGAACCCCCUGGAGACGCGCAACAUUUGCUUCUUCUCCACCAACUGCGUGGAAGGCACCGCACGGGGCAUCGUCAUCUCCACGGGGGACCGGACCGUGAUGGGGCGCAUCGCCUCCCUGGCUUCCGGGCUGGAGGUGGGCCGCACCCCCAUCGCCAUGGAGAUCGAGCACUUCAUCCGCAUCAUCACCGGGGUGGCCGUCUUCCUGGGCAUGUCCUUCUUCAUCCUCUCCCUCAUCCUUGGCUACACCUGGCUGGAGGCAGUCAUCUUCCUGAUUGGCAUCAUCGUGGCCAAUGUGCCCGAGGGGCUUUUGGCCACUGUCACGGUCUGCCUGACCCUCACCGCCAAGCGCAUGGCCCGGAAGAACUGCCUGGUGAAGAACCUGGAGGCCGUGGAGACGCUGGGGUCGACGUCCACCAUCUGCUCGGACAAGACCGGCACCCUCACCCAGAACCGCAUGACCGUGGCCCACAUGUGGUUUGACAACCAGAUCCACGAGGCGGACACCACCGAGGACCAGUCCGGAGCAACUUUUGACAAGCGCUCGCCCACCUGGACGGCUCUGGCCCGCAUCGCAGCGCUGUGCAACAGGGCCGUCUUCAAGGCGGGGCAGGACAAGAUCCCCAUCUCCAAGAGAGACACGGCCGGGGAUGCCUCGGAGUCCGCGCUCCUGAAGUGCAUCGAGCUCUCUUGCGGCUCUGUCCAGAAGAUGCGCGAAAAGAGCCCCAAAGUGACGGAGAUUCCCUUCAACUCCACCAACAAAUACCAGCUCCCCAUCCACGAGCCUGAAGACAAGCCGAACGGGCACAUCCUGGUGAUGAAGGGGGCCCCUGAGCGCAUCCUGGACCGCUGCUCCACCAUCCUCCUGCAAGGACAGGAGGUGCCCCUGGACGAGGAGAUGCGCGACGCCUUCCAGAACGCUUACCUGGAGCUGGGCGGGCUGGGCGAGAGAGUGCUGGGGUUCUGCCAGUUCUACCUGCCCGAAGACCAAUUUCCCCGUGGCUUUAAGUUUGACGCCGAUGAUGUCAACUUCCCGGUCACCAACCUCUGCUUUGUGGGGCUCAUGUCCAUGAUUGACCCCCCUCGAGCAGCCGUGCCGGACGCUGUGGGGAAAUGCCGAAGCGCUGGGAUCAAGGUGAUCAUGGUGACGGGUGACCACCCCAUCACAGCCAAGGCCAUUGCCAAGGGUGUGGGCAUCAUCUCCGAGGGCAACGAGACCGUGGAAGACAUCGCCGUCCGGCUGAACAUCCCCAUCAACCAGGUCAAUCCUCGGGAAGCCAAAGCCUGCGUGGUCCAUGGCUCCGACCUCAAAGACAUGAGCCCCGAGCACCUGGACGAGAUCCUGAAGAACCACACCGAGAUCGUCUUUGCCCGCACGUCCCCGCAACAGAAGCUCAUCAUCGUGGAGGGCUGCCAGAGGCAGGGGGCCAUCGUGGCUGUGACAGGGGAUGGGGUGAACGAUUCCCCUGCCCUCAAGAAAGCAGACAUCGGGAUCGCCAUGGGCAUCGCCGGCUCCGACGUCUCCAAGCAGGCUGCGGACAUGAUCCUGCUGGACGACAACUUUGCCUCCAUAGUGACAGGGGUAGAGGAAGGUCGCCUGAUCUUUGACAACCUGAAGAAAUCUAUCGCCUACACGCUCACCAGCAAUAUUCCAGAGAUCACCCCAUUCCUCUUGUUCAUCAUCGCCAACAUCCCUCUGCCCUUGGGCACCGUCACCAUCCUGUGCAUCGACCUGGGCACAGACAUGGUGCCCGCCAUCUCCCUCGCCUACGAGGCAGCCGAAAGCGACAUCAUGAAAAGGCAGCCGAGGAACCCGAAGACCGACAAGCUGGUGAACGAGCGCCUGAUCAGCAUGGCCUACGGGCAGAUCGGCAUGAUCCAGGCCCUCGGGGGCUUCUUCACCUAUUUUGUCAUCUUGGCCGAGAACGGCUUCCUUCCCACCACCUUGCUGGGCAUCCGCCUGGACUGGGACGACCGUUCCAAAAAUGACCUCGAGGACAGCUACGGCCAAGAGUGGACGUACGAGCAGCGGAAGGUGGUGGAGUUCACCUGCCACACCGCCUUCUUCGCCAGCAUCGUGGUCGUGCAGUGGGCCGACCUGAUCAUCUGCAAGACCCGCAGGAACUCCGUCUUCCAGCAGGGCAUGAAGAACAAAAUCCUGAUUUUUGGCCUCCUUGAGGAAACGGCGCUGGCUGCCUUCCUGUCGUAUUGCCCUGGGAUGGGGGUGGCCCUGCGGAUGUACCCCCUCAAGGUGACCUGGUGGUUCUGCGCCUUCCCCUACAGCCUGCUGAUCUUCGUCUACGAUGAAGUUCGGAAGCUGCUUCUGCGGCGCUACCCCGGGGGUUGGGUAGAGAAGGAGACCUAUUACUGAGCCCCCGGGCGAAGCCGAACAGCCUCUCGGAUCCGCCCCCUGCAGCCUGUAGCCCAAAUAGGUAGCGGAAAGAUGCAAUAAACGUA